GGGGAGGGGAGGGAGGAGAGAAAGAAUCGCCCUCCGCUGCGCUCCCACUUUCUCUCCUACACACACACACACACACACACACACACACAACCACACACACACACACCCGAGCCAGAGCUCCGCGCGCUUCCCAGGGAAAGUUGACUGGCGCUACCAAGCGCUGCCAGCCGGAGGGGAAAGAGAAGAAGGGAAAGCGGCGCACUUUCUUUUCUCCUCCUCCAGACUCCGGGCAGGGGGGCCCCACGCCUCUCGCCCCCCCCUCGCCCCCACCCCACCCUCCUCCGCCUUGAGAGAGAGAGAGAGGAAGGAUGGCGUGAAAAGCAGGAACGGGGAAGAAAGGGGAGAAGACGAGAAGAGGAAGGGAAGGGAAGGGAGGAAGAACGAAAGCAAGCAAGCAAGAAGACAGAAGGAGAGAAAGAAGGAAGGAAGGAAGGAAAGAAAAGAAGGAAGGAAGGAAGGAAGGAAGGAAGGAAGGAAAGGAAAGGACAGGGAGACACUGCAAGUUCAGCCGGAGAACAGCUCCGGAGCGCCGACUAGGAAGAAGUCGGAGCUCCCCGAAGAAGAGAAAGCAAAAGCCGCCGGCUGCCUCCUCUUCCUCCGCCUCUUUUCCCGGCUGGCGCCCGCCUCGCCUCGCCUCGCCCGCCGGUUCCCUCGGCUCCUCCGCCGCUGCCAUGGCCCAGGAGAACGGCGAGGCGCGCGGCUCGUCCUGGAAGAAGCCCGCGGAGGACAUUGGCCGCAUCUUCGCCUUCAAGGAGACCCUGGGGACUGGUGCAUUUUCCGAAGUCGUCCUGGCUGAAAACAGGAGCAGUGGAAAACUGUUUGCAGUGAAGUGCAUCCCCAAGAAAGCCCUGAAAGGGAAGGAAAGCAGCAUAGAAAAUGAAAUUGCCGUUCUCCGAAAGAUCAAGCAUGAAAAUAUUGUGGCCCUGGAAGACAUUUACGAGAGUUCAAGCCAUCUGUAUCUGGUUAUGCAAUUAGUAUCUGGAGGUGAGCUAUUUGACCGCAUCGUAGAGAAAGGAUUUUAUACUGAAAAGGACGCCAGCACACUGAUACGACAAGUCUUGGAUGCUGUGUAUUAUCUUCACCGGAUGGGCAUUGUUCACAGAGAUCUCAAGCCUGAAAAUCUGUUAUACUACAGCCAGGAUGAAGACUCUAAAAUCAUGAUCAGUGAUUUUGGAUUGUCUAAAAUGGAAGGGAAAGGGGCUGUCAUGUCCACGGCCUGUGGUACCCCAGGAUACGUUGCUCCUGAAGUCCUUGCCCAGAAACCUUACAGCAAAGCGGUCGACUGCUGGUCCAUUGGAGUGAUUGCCUAUAUUCUGCUGUGUGGCUACCCUCCGUUCUACGACGAAAAUGACUCCAAGCUCUUUGAGCAAAUUCUGAAAGCAGAAUAUGAAUUUGACUCUCCCUAUUGGGAUGAUAUCUCUGAAUCCGCUAAAGAUUUUAUUCGGAACCUGAUGGAGAAAGAUCCCAAUAAAAGAUAUACGUGCGAACAGGCCGCCCGUCACCCGUGGAUCGCCGGUGACACAGCCCUCAGCAAAAAUAUCCACGAGUCUGUCAGUGCUCAGAUCCGCAAGAACUUUGCGAAAAGCAAAUGGAGACAAGCUUUUAACGCCACAGCCGUGGUGAGACACAUGCGGCGGCUACAUCUUGGCAGCAGUCUGGAUAGCGGUUCCAACAUUAGUGUAUCAAACAACCUUAGUUCGGCCAACCCGCUCCCGGAUGGCGCACCCAGAAAAGAGUGUAUUCCCUCGUCUACUCCCUGUAGUUUUGCUUCUUCAGCUUCGCCUGGUAUUUCUGCUGGAGGAGAGAGGAGGCCCAGACAGACCACGAUAACCACAACCACGAUACACACAGGGACCAAGUGAUCCACAGGUCACCCUGUGAUCCCACCCACAAGGAAGAGGUCAGCGAUGGGAGAAAAGACCCAUCUCGGUGCCCAAACAGGCAGGAAAGGAAAUUUUUUCCCAGGUGAUGUCAUCCUGCAUUGCAAACACAUCGAAGCAUUAGAAGAAUAGAAGGAUUGGGGGGGAAAAUACACACACACACAAAACAAAUGGCCAUAUUUUAUACUGCGAUUCUGAAAAGUUGCAUUCAUCGCAAGCGGAAGGGACUUCAGGAAGAUGGAGAAGGGAGCAGCACCUGGUUCUAGAUCCAGGAAUCCAAAAUGUUCUAACUUACGUUGGACCUGUUGUUAGUUCCUCAAUGAUUUAACUCUUUUCUUCUCAGUGUUAACCUGCUUUUGUUUUAAUCAUUAACAAAAUAGUUCAACUGGAUGAUUUAGAGUAAUUUCAAACGUUAUUAUUAUUAUUAUUUUCGUUGUAUAUUUGUAUUUUUAGCUUUGUUGGGGUUCUUUUUUCCCUUUUUUUUUUCUCCAGAAGUAGAGAAUACAAAGAAGUUUGCAUUAAUCUUUCAAAUCGGGAAGGCUUUCGCAGCAUGUUUUAUAUGUACAUAUAUGUACAUAUCUUUUCUUAACUCCAUAACUCUGGACUGCAGACUUGUCUGGAUCUUGCAGUGAUGUCGAAAACGGACUGUUUUUGCAUCUUAUUUUGUCAAGAAAAUGGGAAGAGGCUCCCGUUUCCUUCCAGUCCCACCGACGGAAAGGAAAGGUUUCAUGGGUUGAGUGUAUGAAUAAGAUUCUGUGUUAAUUAUUCUCUGUUUGUAUCCGGACCAGACUCAUCUUUAUGGGCUCCAGAAUCGGGCUUUAAGAAUUUCCCUGUGUUUUUCCCCCUUUUUCAAUUAAACUGAGGAGGGGGAGGGAAAAAAAAACCCCUAUAAAAAUUGUAUUAUGGCCAAAGACCAGCAUAUUCCAUAGGGUGUAAAACGGAUAUGGAAAUAUAAAAUGACAGUAUAAAAAGCAAAGAAUGAAACGGUGUGGAACUGCGGAAGUUCAUAAAAACACAUCAGAAUAGACACGUCAGGAAAUCAAUGUGUUGUAAAAGACUUUGGUGCGAUU